AGCUAUUGAAACUUGCCGCUGCUUCCAUUGGAUCAGAAUCAUGUGCUGAAGUUGUCAAACUUCCUAAAGGCCAGUAUAACAAGGUGUUUCAGUUAACGAUGCAUGACGGCCGCGAGGUAAUCGCGAAGCUGCCGAACCCUAAUGCAGGGCGGUUGCACUUCACCACCGCAAGCGAAGUUGCGACUAUGGAUUUUCUGCGGAAUACUCUUCAUCUACCGGUUCCCAAGUUCCACGCGUGGAGCUCGCGGGCGUCUGACAAUGCAGUUGGGGCAGAGUACAUUAUCAUGGAAAAGCAGGCUGGCACGAUGCUAAGUGAUAUGUGGGAAACCAUGAGAGGAAAACAGAAAGCCCAGAUUGUCAAACAAAUUGUGGAUAUUGAAAAGACCAUUGCAUCGACGAAGUUCACAAAACUCGGGGCACUAUAUUACAAGCGUGAUCUACCUUCAUCGGAUCAUGAUACGGUGUUGUAUGUCGACAGGGCCGGAAAUAAGGUACACACUGAAGAGUUUGGAAUCGGUCCUACUAACCACCGUUCUUUUUUUGAUUUUGGGAGGGGAGAACUAGAUAUCGAUCGUGGGCCAUGGUCCACAACUACGGCGUACCUAGAGGCAGUUGCCCAUAGAGAGAUAUCCUGCGUGGAUAUGGGCUUGAGAUAUCCGCUAAUGCCAGAAGGGCCUUUUUAUGGGCCCGGACAAUACCAACCAAGCGCAUCGAAAAAAUUGUCGGCAUUACGCAACUACUUAAAAGUGGCUCCCUAUGUCCUACCUGAUAAUAGAGCAAUCCAUGUCCCCGUUCUUUGGCACGGUGAUUUGCACUUACAGAAUAUUUUCGUUGAUCCAGCAGAGCCAACCCGAAUUGUGGGUAUAAUUGACUGGCAAUCCGUCAGCAUCUGCCCUCUAUUCACGCAGGUCACAAUGCCGGGGUUUUUAGAUUACAAUGGUCCGAUUCCUAAGGAACUUGGGCGAGUUAGCUUGCCUCCCAACUUUGGCUCCACGACUCCUGACGAACAGCGGGAGGCAAAGGAGUUGCAUCAAGCCCAGACAUUGCACAAUCUCUAUUUGGCUCUGUCUCGCCAGAUUAAUCCGACAGCGUUCCAGGCCAUAAAGGGUCAGGACAGUCUCCGUCACCAAGUUAGUGUUGUGCCAGGUUUGACAAUAACAGACCCCGAGUCAUGCCUCACUGGCUUAUUAAGGGAGGUCGAGAAAGGGUGGUCAACGAUGGAAGGGUAAGCAACGAGGAUUACGAAGUUUCGAAGAGACAACUGGCUGAGGGGAUCGAGAGCUUCCUGAGCCGCGAGGCUAGGAGCCGGGAGGAGCGGAAGGCAUGGCUCCAGGCCUUGCCGUUUGUGGAUUGAGAACACGCUGAUAUGAUGAAGUAUAAGUUCUUGGAAGCAACAUGACAAGUUAACGUUGUACAAUUGAAAUUAUCCAAGGACAAGGAUA